AUGCUCAUUUUUCUCACCACAGGGUUAUCAUCAGUGGAGCGAAGGGGCCCUCAGUUGAUGGUUGAGCCCCAGAAUAGGGUUGAGUUCCUGAACGACACCCGAACUGUCAUUACGUGCAGUGCCAGAGGCAGUCCGGAGCCGACCAUACAGUGGCUUAAGAGCGAUGGGACGCCAUUGACGGACAGGGAGGGUGUCGUACAAGUGGUGAACUCCGGGCACACCUCGCAAGUGGUGUAUCAGCCGUUCGCCGCCAAUCACUACCGACAGGACAUCCACUGGGCGUCCAUCAGAUGUUUGGCCACUAAUACUAUCGGUGCCGUUGAGAGCCGUGAGUGUCAUAUCAGAGCCAGUGCGCUCCAGAGAGACAUACACUCCGAGUGCGAGUCUAUUAAAUAA